UAUAUGUUUCUUUUCCCUAAGGAGAUGCCGCCGUUACAAAGGAAACUGAUUUGUGAGAAGUCUCCCCCCGCCUGUGCCAUCAAGAUCAAGGUCGAGUCUUGUUUACAUGCUAGCUGCCGCCAACCUGAAGCAGUGAAAUGAACACCUUGCCAGCAAGACUGUGGGCAGCAGGGCCGAGGGUGGGCACCGUGGCAGGCCUGCACACCAGCCUACCACGGCAGGAGAUACAGAAGCAGACAAGACUGCGUGUGGUUGACAACAGUGCUCUGGGAAAGGCGGCCAUGAUGGAGGGAAGGCCGCCCAAGUGCAUACACAUCUAUAACAAAAAGGGGAUCGGGACCACAGGUGACAAAGUCCUGGUGGCCAUCAAGGGGCAGAAGAAGCAAGCCAUCCUCACCGGCUGCCACCAGGACCAGAAGCCGCUGGUCCCCAAGUUUGACAGCAACAACAUUGUCCUGAUCGACGAGAACGGCUCGCCCCUCGGCACCAGGAUACACGUUCCUAUUCCCACGAUGCUCAGGAAAAAGCUCACCGACAUGUCGCGGCCCAAAGGUGCAGACUAUACAAAAAUAUUGGCAAUUGCAACACGAUUUGUAUAAAAGUGUGGAAGCCCUUCGAACCGUGGAACUGUUAUUCUUUUAUUUAAACUAAGUGUAAACUAAAAUAAUUUAUACGUACUGUACAGAACAUACAAUAAAUAUACAAAAUAU